UAGCUAAGGCCUAUAAAUGUCAAGGAAUUUUUAUUCAAUUGAGAGGAACCCAGCAAAAUGGGGAUCUCCACGCUCAUCCUUGAAAUGUGUCUUUUACUGGGUCCAGUUCUACCUACAGUUUCAGCCACGGUGACAAUGGGAGGCACCACAGAAGCUACUUUAAGGAACACUCAUGUGACAACUGAAUCUGCAGCAACUCUUGGAGACUCUACCUCAGUUAAUACUUCAAAUGCUUCUGUGUCUGCCACAGAGGAGCCCCUGACAGCAACUCCAGCACCAGCUGCUCAGACCCAGUCCACACCUGGCCUAGGUUGGCAGUACCCAACAACCGUGCUCUUUGAGAGUUCCGCCGCUGUGACUGAAGCAUCAACAGGAUCUGAUGCCGGUUUGGCCCUGAGGCUGGUGAAUGGAGGUGACCGGUGUCAGGGCCGCGUGGAGGUCCUGUACCAAGGCUCCUGGGGCACCGUGUGUGACGACGGCUGGAACACUAAUGACGCCAACGUGGUCUGCAGGCAGCUGGGCUGUGGCUGGGCCACCUCGGCCCCAGGAAGUGCCCGGUUUGGCCAGGGCUCAGGGCCCAUUGUCCUGGAUGACGUGAGCUGCUCAGGGCACGAGUCCUACCUGUGGAGCUGCCCCCACAGAGGCUGGCUCUCCCAUAACUGUGGCCAUCAUGAGGACGCUGGUGUCAUCUGCUCAGACACUUCGGCCACUACGACUGAAGCAUCAACAGGAUCUGAUGCCGGUUUGGCCCUGAGGCUGGUGAAUGGAGGUGACCGGUGUCAGGGCCGCGUGGAGGUCCUGUACCAAGGCUCCUGGGGCACCGUGUGUGACGACGGCUGGAACACUAAUGACGCCAACGUGGUCUGCAGGCAGCUGGGCUGUGGCUGGGCCACCUCGGCCCCAGGAAGUGCCCGGUUUGGCCAGGGCUCAGGGCCCAUUGUCCUGGAUGACGUGAGCUGCUCAGGGCACGAGUCCUACCUGUGGAGCUGCCCCCACAGAGGCUGGCUCUCCCAUAACUGUGGCCAUCAUGAGGACGCUGGUGUCAUCUGCUCAGCUGUCCUGCCACCGUCCACGGCCAGGCCAGGUUGGUGGCAAACAACAUCUCCUUCUCAUGGAUCUGAUGCCGGUUUGGCCCUGAGGCUGGUGAAUGGAGGUGACCGGUGUCAGGGCCGCGUGGAGGUCCUGUACCAAGGCUCCUGGGGCACCGUGUGUGACGACGGCUGGAACACUAAUGACGCCAACGUGGUCUGCAGGCAGCUGGGCUGUGGCUGGGCCACCUCGGCCCCAGGAAGUGCCCGGUUUGGCCAGGGCUCAGGGCCCAUUGUCCUGGAUGACGUGAGCUGCUCAGGGCACGAGUCCUACCUGUGGAGCUGCCCCCACAGGGGCUGGCUCUCCCAUAACUGUGGCCAUCAUGAGGACGCUGGUGUCAUCUGCUCAGCUGUCCUGCCACCGUCCACGGCCAGGCCAGGUUGGUGGCAAACAACAUCUCCUUCUCAUGGAUCUGAUGCCGGUUUGGCCCUGAGGCUGGUGAAUGGAGGUGACCGGUGUCAGGGACGUGUGGAGGUCCUGUACCAAGGCUCCUGGGGCACCGUGUGUGAUGACGGCUGGAACACUAAUGACGCCAACGUGGUCUGCAGGCAGCUGGGCUGUGGCUGGGCCACCUCGGCCCCAGGAAGUGCCCGGUUUGGCCAGGGCUCAGGGCCCAUUGUCCUGGAUGACGUGAGCUGCUCAGGGCACGAGUCCUACCUGUGGAGCUGCCCCCACAGAGGCUGGCUCUCCCAUAACUGUGGCCAUCAUGAGGACGCUGGUGUCAUCUGCUCAGGCCCGUCCCAGUCCCAGUCCACGCCCAGCCCAGACACUUCGGCCACUACGACUGAAGCAUCAACAGGAUCUGAUGCCGGUUUGGCCCUGAGGCUGGUGAAUGGAGGUGACCGGUGUCAGGGCCGCGUGGAGGUCCUGUACCAAGGCUCCUGGGGCACCGUGUGUGACGACGGCUGGAACACUAAUGACGCCAACGUGGUCUGCAGGCAGCUGGGCUGUGGCUGGGCCACCUCGGCCCCAGGAAGUGCCCGGUUUGGCCAGGGCUCAGGGCCCAUUGUCCUGGAUGACGUGAGCUGCUCAGGGCACGAGUCCUACCUGUGGAGCUGCCCCCACAGAGGCUGGCUCUCCCAUAACUGUGGCCAUCAUGAGGACGCUGGUGUCAUCUGCUCAGCUGUCCUGCCACCGUCCACGGCCAGGCCAGGUUGGUGGCAAACAACAUCUCCUUCUCAUGGAUCUGAUGCCGGUUUGGCCCUGAGGCUGGUGAAUGGAGGUGACCGGUGUCAGGGCCGCGUGGAGGUCCUGUACCAAGGCUCCUGGGGCACCGUGUGUGACGACGGCUGGAACACUAAUGACGCCAACGUGGUCUGCAGGCAGCUGGGCUGUGGCUGGGCCACCUUGGCCCCAGGAAGUGCCCGGUUUGGCCAGGGCUCAGGGCCCAUUGUCCUGGAUGACGUGAGCUGCUCAGGGCACGAGUCCUACCUGUGGAGCUGCCCCCACAGAGGCUGGCUCUCCCAUAACUGUGGCCAUCAUGAGGACGCUGGUGUCAUCUGCUCAGGCCCGUCCCAGUCCCAGUCCACGCCCAGCCCAGACACUUCGGCCACUACGACUGAAGCAUCAACAGGAUCUGAUGCCGGUUUGGCCCUGAGGCUGGUGAAUGGAGGUGACCGGUGUCAGGGCCGCGUGGAGGUCCUGUACCAAGGCUCCUGGGGCACCGUGUGUGACGACGGCUGGAACACUAAUGACGCCAACGUGGUCUGCAGGCAGCUGGGCUGUGGCUGGGCCACCUCGGCCCCAGGAAGUGCCCGGUUUGGCCAGGGCUCAGGGCCCAUUGUCCUGGAUGACGUGAGCUGCUCAGGGCACGAGUCCUACCUGUGGAGCUGCCCCCACAGAGGCUGGCUCUCCCAUAACUGUGGCCAUCAUGAGGACGCUGGUGUCAUCUGCUCAGGCCCGUCCCAGUCCCAGUCCACGCCCAGCCCAGACACUUCGGCCACUACGACUGAAGCAUCAACAGGAUCUGAUGCCGGUUUGGCCCUGAGGCUGGUGAAUGGAGGUGACCGGUGUCAGGGCCGCGUGGAGGUCCUGUACCAAGGCUCCUGGGGCACCGUGUGUGACGACGGCUGGAACACUAAUGACGCCAACGUGGUCUGCAGGCAGCUGGGCUGUGGCUGGGCCACCUCGGCCCCAGGAAGUGCCCGGUUUGGCCAGGGCUCAGGGCCCAUUGUCCUGGAUGACGUGAGCUGCUCAGGGCACGAGUCCUACCUGUGGAGCUGCCCCCACAGAGGCUGGCUCUCCCAUAACUGUGGCCAUCAUGAGGACGCUGGUGUCAUCUGCUCAGGCCCGUCCCAGUCCCAGUCCACGCCCAGCCCAGACACUUCGGCCACUACGACUGAAGCAUCAACAGGAUCUGGUGCCGGUUUGGCCCUGAGGCUGGUGAAUGGAGGUGACCGGUGUCAGGGCCGCGUGGAGGUCCUGUACCAAGGCUCCUGGGGCACCGUGUGUGACGACGGCUGGAACACUAAUGACGCCAACGUGGUCUGCAGGCAGCUGGGCUGUGGCUGGGCCACCUCAGCCCCAGGAAGUGCCCGGUUUGGCCAGGGCUCAGGGCCCAUUGUCCUGGAUGACGUGAGCUGCUCAGGGCACGAGUCCUACCUGUGGAGCUGCCCCCACAGAGGCUGGCUCUCCCAUAACUGUGGCCAUCAUGAGGACGCUGGUGUCAUCUGCUCAGCUGCCCUAGUAAAGUCUACUACUCCAGAUUGGUGGCACCCAACAACUGCAACCACUGUGGGAAACCCCCUAACAUCCGCAAAUUAUUCCUGCGGAGGCUUCCUGUCCCAACCGUCAGGGAGGUUUUCCAGCCCAUUCUAUCCUGGGAACUAUCCGAACAACGCCAAAUGUACGUGGGACAUCAAGGUCAAAUACAACUACCGUGUGACUGUCAUCUUCAGCAACGUCCAGCUGGAAGGCGGCUGCAACUAUGAUUACAUCGAGGUGUUCGACGGCCCCUACUACAGCUCUCCUCUCAUUGCUCGCGUUUGUGACGGGUCCAGUGGCUCCUUCACUUCGUCGUCGAAUUUCAUGUCAAUUCGCUUCAUCAGCGAUGGCAGCAUCACAUGGAGAGGGUUCCAGGCCGAGUACUACUCUAGCCCCUCCAACGACAGCACCAACCUGCUUUGUCUGCCAAAUCACAUGGAAGCCAGCGUGAGCAGGGACUACCUCCAAUCCUUGGGCUAUUCUGCCAGGGACCUUGUCAUUUCCAACUGGAAUGGGAACCAUCAGUGUCAGCCCCAGAUCUUGCAGACCAAGGUGGUAUUCACAAUUCCCUACUCGGGCUGCGGCACCAUCAAGCAGGUAGAAAAUGACACCAUCAACUAUUUCAACUCCCUCAAAGCAGCUGUCUCAAGUGGCGUCAUCAAAAGGAAGAAGGACCUCCAUAUUCACGUCAGCUGCAAGAUGCUGCAGAACAGCUGGGUCAACACGAUGUACAUCGCUAAUGACACCAUCAAGGUCGAGGAAGUCCAGUACGGCAAUUUCGAUGUGAACAUUUCCUUUUAUACAUCCCCCUCAUUCUCACACCGCGUGACCAGCAGCCCAUACUAUGUGGACCUGGACCAGAAUCUGUACCUCCAGGCUGAAAUCCGCCACUCCGAUGCCGCGCUGGCCUUGUUUGUGGACACCUGUGUGGCAUCCCCGUACUCCAGUGACUUCACGUCUCUGACUUACGAUCUGAUCCGGAGCGGGUGCGUGAAGGAUGAAACCUACCACUCCUACGCCCAGCCGUCUCCCCGCAUCACCCGCUUCAAAUUCAACGCCUUCCACUUCCUGAACCGCUUCCCCUCGGUGUACCUGCAGUGUAAGAUGGUGGUGUGCAGGGCGUACGACUACUCUUCCCGCUGCUACAGAGGCUGCGUGGUGAGGUCCAAGAGGGACCUGGGCUCCUACCAGGGGAGGGUGAACGUUGUCCUGGGACCCGUCCAGCUGCAGACGCCCCAGGCAGAGAAGAGCCUCGGCAGGGGGUCGUCCUCGGACGCAGACCCGUGACUAUCAGGGACUUGGGAUGUCUCUGCUGGUGCCAUGUUCUAGCUGAAAUUGAGCACCUACUGUGUGCCAGGCACACUGUACUACGCCUUCCCCGAGGCUCCCGGUGUGGGGCGUGGUUACCAGAGUUCUCCCUGGGCGGUGAUGGACCUGGCGCCUUUAUCCUCUGGGUUCUGAACUCCUCAUCUGUGAAAUGAAAAUGUUAAUACUCGCCUCUUAGCUCUGUUGAGAGGGUUACAUAAAGUAACGUUGAUUAAACUGC